AUGGCCAUUACCAAGGCGACGGAGAAGUUCAACAAAGAGGCUAUCUUGGCUGCCAAGCUCCUGGCGAUCGACCACCCUGGGUCGGCGUUUACAUCAAUGGCGCUGGUGAAGAAUGCGGUCAUGCCAAUACACCGAGACUCGUUCAACCACAAGAAGGCGAUGAACUUGAUAUCGCCCCUCAAGGUUGCCAAAGGAAGCUGUGUUUGGCAGGAGUUAAAGCAGGGGGAUGAGUUCAAGGGAAACUACUGCUCAAUGUGGGUGAACGAAAGGGAAGUACCAGGACAGAAGAUGAGCGCGGAGACCCCAGCCAAGGUGCGCCCAGAUCGCCUACAUGCACCACUUCGGGGAGAUGAUGGAGAUCGCAUAGUGGUGAUAGGCUACACGGUGAGCAAGUGGGAGAAGCUACGUCAAUGUCAGUGCGCUGAUUUGGAGGAGCUGGGUUUUGUCCUACCGGAACGUGAGCCAGUGGUGAAGAUGAUGAAUGCUGAUGGGAGGCGAAGGCCACCCACACCACCAAUCCCGGAGGAGAAUCCAGGAGUUGUAGGUCCAUCGACUGGGACCACAGCAGCUCCGCCGACCGGAGCAACAAACACGGUGAUGACUUCAGGGGCGAGCUUCUUGGGGCCAGGGUCGUCAAGCGAGUCAACCUUGCCAAGGCCGGUGUCAGAGGAUCAUAUGGACGUGAGCUCAGGAGGUCGCGUGGAGCUUCGGUUGAAGUGGGCCAUCAAGUACAUUCCGGACCUCUCAAGUCAGGGUGAGGAGGUCGUGAUGACAUCAGCCCCUCUAUUGCCGCUGGCGCACGAUGAGGAGGAGCGGAUGAGAAGCAGGGUGACAUGGCUGUCGGAGUUUGUGGAGGAAGAACGCAAGAUCAAAGCAAGGCAAGCCGAGCGAGGGGAGUAUGCCACACAACGUGAGCGUCAAUUAUUCUACAAGCUGGACGAUGCCAUUGACUACAUGAACGAGAUCCUCUGUUUGAGUCACCAGGCGAGGGAGCAGGCGACUAUGAGUAUGAUGAAGUUGGCCCAGGAGUCUGAGACGACUUCGGAGGUGGAAGAGAUGCUCCAGGCUUUGGUUGAGCCGAUUGACACCGUGCACGGGGUCGAGCUACAGGAGGUCAAGCGUCACUUGGCGGAGUGGCAAGAGAGCAUUCGGAAGGAGAUUGAGGUUUUGGAAACAUCUGGUACGCUUCGUCGAUUACCAUUUCAAGAAGCUAAGCGCCUCGCGGACGCCGGGGAGAUUGUCCUGGUACCGUCCAAAACGGUGCACACCGUGAAACCUCCUUCGGGAGGAAGUGGCAAUCAGUUGUACAAAAGAAAAACCAGAAUGGUGAUAUGUGGCAAUCACGUCAGCAACGAGGUCGAAGUCUACACGGCCGCGGCCAACGCGGAAUCAGUGCGGGUGGCACUAUCGCUCGCUGCCAGGCGGCGUUGGUUUGGAGCGGUGACGGACGUGAAUUCCGCCUUUACCCUGGCGCCAAUGAAUGAAGCAGAAGUCAAGUAUGGAAUCACCGUACCGAAAGUCGUCGUGGAAGCUGGAGCAGUUCCGCCGAACACGGCGUAUUUGGUGGACAGGGUGUUUUACGGGUUGCGAGAGGCGCCAAGACUGUGGGGAAGCUUCAGGGACAAGAGGGUGCAAAGAGCUCGACUGGUCGUUGAGGGACAAGAGUGCAUGUUCUUACAGAUGGAGACAGAUCCUGCAGUGUGGAGGUUGGUGCCGUGCAGUGACUACAGCAAUACCCUGGCGUUGAUGGUGAUUUAUGUGGACGAUGUGAUGAUGUUGGCGCCAGAGAAUGUCAUCAAAGACAUCUAUAAAUGGCUCACUGUUGGUGCUGAGGGAGAUGAAGGUUGGAAGUGUUCACCGAUGGAGUGGAUUGGGAAGGUUCCUGUUCGCUACCUGGGCAUGGACAUUCGCCGGAAAGAUACAACCUGUACGAGCUUCCAUGUGUCGCAGGGCAGUCAUGUUGCCGAGCUGUUGAUGGGCUACCAACAGGAGGCAAGUCGGCCUUCACAAGUCCCGGCCACCAAGGACACCAUGCCGGCACAGGAUGAUCUGGAUGAGGAGGAGGGAUUCGAACAAGAGAGUCCAGACCCAAGUCAGGUCAAACAAGCUCAGCGGAUGGCAGGCGAACUACUCUGGUUGGUGACCCGCACCAGACCGGAUAUCGGGUACGCGACGGCUCAUGUUUGUGGAACGGCUCUGAAGAACCCUACAGCUGCAAUACGGCUAGGAAAAAUGGUGAUGAGAUAUCUUGCAGCCACACCUACGUGGGGGCUGACCUACAAUGGGAUCGGCGAGCCCGUCGAGGCGUAUUCAGACGCCAGCUUUGCCCCACAGGGCGAUCGCAGCUUUGGCUGCGUGACUACGGCGACCUAUGGUGGAUUUGCGGCAUGGAGAAUGACAAAACAGCCUACGGUGGUGUUGUCGGCUGCUGAAGCAGAGUUGGUGGAGUUGGUGAACGCCAGUCAACAGGCCGCGGGACUGCAGGCUUGGGUGCAGGAAGCAGCUCCAGAGGACUCUGGCAAGCCGUUGAUCCUGCGAGUGGACAAUACAGCAGCGUGUGGCCUGGCAACCACAGCGCCGGGCUCGUGGAAGACACGGCACCUGAAGGUCAAGGCACGCCAUUUGAGGUUCGAGACCAAUGAAGGCCGCAUCAAGGUCGUACAUACCCCAGGGGAGGUGCAAGUUGCGGACAUGGGGACGAAGCCUGUUCCAAUGGCGAGGUUGGUUGAUCUCCGAAAGUUAUGGGGGAUGUGCUCUGCAGAGGACUUCGAUGCUGAAGAGGAGGAGGUCGUUAUUCGGAGUCUACGCGGCGGAGACUAUUACGACCUGUUGAUGAUGGCAUGGAUGAUGAUGGUGUCAAAGAUCCCGGGGGUCAAGGCAACAGGAAUCUACAGUAAGAAGCCUCUGGAUUAUGACGGAAGCGUGGAGUUCUACGUGCUCUUGCUGGUUGGUGGGAUAGCUUUGUUGGCGGUCUGGGAAGCCCUGAAGUGGGUGAUGCAGAGAUGCUUCGGUGAAGACGAGGCUACUGUGGCGAAAGCCAGACGGCUGCUGAGGAUCCGUAACCAGGCCUCAAAGGCUCUGCAGCAGGAGUUGGAGUCAAUGAGUGCAAGUUCUUCGGACCCCAUCAAUGUGGAGAAGCCAGUGGUGUCUACGCCCAAACUUGCUGCAACACCGUUAUCGGAGGUGUCACAAGGGCCUAUGAGUGAAGCUACAAGAACUACGAGGUCAAGUACAAGAGCCCCUGAGGACGAUCCGGAUUUGAGAGCAGCCCUGGACAAUGCACGAGAAGGCGGGUUUCAGAGACUGAGAACGUCAUUCGUGAUGUCAGAACAUGGAGAUCGACUUCAUCUAGUGGCAGAUUGCCAUGGCUUGAGACAUGCAAACAAGUCGAGGCUGAGAAAGAUGCAAGUUUGCUACUAUUGUGAUGGGCACUUUCCGCUCUCUUACAAGGUCCUGCAGGGCAGAACGAUUCCCGAAGGCAGAUGA